UGUGCCACAUUUUCUCUGAUUAGCUGAUUUGGUUCCUGGGUCAUUUUCCCAGCCUUGCCUCAGCACCUAAGCUCUCUUGUUUUUGUUGUGUAAAACUUAAUUCCUGUUACCUUCUUCGUUCGCCUCCUGCAUUCCUCGUCCUGCUCUCUAUGCCUCGUUUUCUCAGCCUUCAGAGGAGGGCAUGGGAUAAGAAAAGGUAACAGAUGUUGUUCUGAGGCACUUCCUCUCAAACCACUUCACAACCAGCGACAGACAGCAAGCAGAGGCAUGUCCUCAUUCUGACUCGACUCACCUGAUAGACAUCUCAGAAGAAGCCAUGUUGAAUGACUCUUUGUCAAAAAGUGCCAGAAAGAUGUGAAUCUAAAUGGAUCCUCAGCAAAGUAGAACUGAAUCUUGAUCACCGGAUGCACCUCUCACCACCACUAAAGAUGUUUCACUCCUCGCUCUGCAGUGAGAAGUCUCCGUGGAAAGGAGCCAGGCGUUGGUUGUUCUAUGUCAUGCUCUCCCUCAUGUUGGGAGUUUUAGUUCUCUACAGUUGGUUCUCACCAUCUUGGAGGCCUUUGCUGAUCCAGAGGGACGACAACAAGACGGCAGUUAAUACUAUUUCACCUUCUCACUAUAUACCCUCACAGUUCUAUGUGGAAUACCCGUACCAAUACCAUUUCAUACUGGAUGAACCAAACCGAUGCCGACAGGAGAGCCCCUUCAUGGUGGUCAUGAUCCCAGUGGCCCCACAAAGCAAAGAGGCCCGUGACAUCAUUCGCAGGACAUGGGGAAGAGAAAAUCGGGUGUUGGGCCAGUUGGUCAGCUACUUCUUCCUCCUGGGAAAGUCUAGAAUAGGUAACGACGCAGAGCCACCUGAUGAACAGAUUUUAAAUGAAAGCAAAAAGCACCACGACAUCCUCCAAAGUAACUUUUUGGACAGCUACAAAAAUCUCACCAUUAAAACAAUGGUCAUGUUGGAGUGGCUCAGCUCCCACUGCCCCAACACCUCCUACGCCAUGAAGAUCGACUCGGACACCUUCCUCAAUGUACGCAACCUCGUCGACAUGCUCCUGAAAGCUCCCCGCCACGACUACAUGACAGGCCUGGUGGCGCGGGGCGCCGCCGUUCUUCGAGACCCGACUUCCAAGUGGUUUCUGUCGCCCAACGUCUUCCCCGAGGAUUCGUACCCUCCGUACGCGCUGGGAGUUGGCUAUGUCUUGUCCCUGGAUCUGCCCAAGCGGAUACUGGAAGCGUCCAAAAAGGUUCAGGCUGUCUACAUCGAAGAUGUGUACAUGGGUUUGUGCAUGAGACAUUUAGGGAUUCAGCUGACGGAUCCUCCUCGCGGCGGUUUGUUUGUUGUCAACAUGCCUUCAGAAAGGACGGACUGCUACUUCGCCUCCGUCAUUGUCACAUUACUGCACAACUCUGAGCAGAUUUUGGAUGUAUGGAAUGCUUAUGAGACUCGACCAGACUGCUAGACCUUCAACAUUUGGUGGCAUUUUCUCCCACGUGCACAUGUACCCUGCUGGGGAGGAAACCGUUUACAGGAGAUGGAAUGUAGAAGAAGUUUCGAAACUGUGUGCAACGACUGUGCAAUUACUUAAAGUCUAAUUUAUUACUUUUUUAAAAAGAUUGUAUAAGUUGACAUGUUUUUCAUAUUAUUACUGUUCCAACAUAUCAAGGGAGAGUCCCUCCCAAGUGCACCUCUAUUUUUGAGUGUUUUCACAUUAUGCAGGAAACUAGAGUAAAACAAAGGCAAGAAUAAUAUUAGUGUGUUUCUUCAAGCUGUGCAAUAAACUUUUUUUUUUUAACAAAGCUA